AUGAGUCAGUCACUCCUCAGCGAUAGGAUGAGCCUCGCUGACGUGCUGCCACUCCCUCACUCUCCUCCUCCCCCUCUCUUCACUCACUACUUUGCAUUUGUCAUGUCAGAGGGUGCGACAAACUGUGGGAUGAAGCUAGUCAACCAAGAAAUGAUGCAAACAUGGUUGGAUCUGAUAAGUAAUGAGGAUGGCUCUCGAAGUGCGAGAGCUGCAGCUGUUGGACCAAUCAAGAAAUGA